UCGUUCUCGCAGCAGUCUAUUCAUACUCAUGGCUCCCAAAGGUGGAAACACAAAGAAGGAGAGUGGAAGAGCCAAAAAGGCUGAGAACGAGUCGAAAAAGAAGGAAGCAGCAGCAGCAGAAGCGGAGCGUAAGGAAGCCGAGACCUGGAAAGACACCAACGUAAAAGGUGGCAAGGCCAAGAAGGAGGAGCAAGAAGCUAAACGCAAAGCUGAAAUCGAGCGCAAGGCAGAGAACGCCCGGAUUCUCGCUGAAGAAGAGGCUGCUAUACCAAAAGCCAAGGCUGCACCCAAGGCCGGUGCUAAGAAGGCCGCGAAACCUGCCCCAAAGCCUGCUGGACCUGGUGCGAUCGCUGCUGGUGGCGGAUUAGGCGACGAUGGGAAGGAGCGGGAAUCGACGGAGCCAGAGAGUUUCUCCGCGACGGGUAUCGAUAAUGCCCUGGAUCUUCUGGAGGUUGUCACUGCCAAGAUGGACAAAGCAUCCGUCGGACAACAGGCGGCAGGUCUUGAGAGGCAUCCCGAGCGACGAUACAAGGCCGCCUUUGAAGCCUACCAGGAACGCGAACUGCCUAAACUCAAAGAGGAUCAUCCUGGCUUGCGGCUACAGCAAUACAAAGAUUUGUUGCACAAGCAGUUCCAGAAAUCGCCCGAAAACCCUUUCAACCAAACAGUGGUUGCGUAUGACGCUAGUAAACAUGAUAAGGUCGAGGCUCUCAAGACCAAGAAAGCCCAGGUUGAGGACCGCCUGCGCGAGUAAGGCACUGCCUUUUCUCCGAGAAGGACACAGGAGAGAUGACGCUGAGCGCUUCAUGACUCUGUGUACACAACAGGUUUCAAGGGUGAUAUUUUGCGAUUCUGUGAACAUGUUUUCGUUCUUCGUUUAUCCACUUAUACUACUGUAUAUCGCCACCAUCACCUCACUUUCCCGAGUCGGUUUUCUUAGUCUCCGUACUAGUAGGUUGUAUAUGUAUGUUCAGUAAUUGAAGCAAUGUAAGUCAGACCACUUGGUCCACAGGUACGGUUCCACAUGAUAGGACUGCGAUACAGUAGCGAUGCCA